AUGUCCGGUUCAGGAGCACCAAUCUACGCUGCCAAGAGCACCAUUCGCUCGCUUAAAAACUUCUCCAAGGGCUACACAGAUAUUCAAGGAAAGGUCCGCACAGCCACCUCCAACGACCCAUGGGGUCCCAGUGGCUCGCAGAUGAACGAACUCGCCCACGCCACUUUCAACCAGCAGGCCUUCUUGGAGAUCAUGGAGAUCCUCGACAAACGCAUGAACGACAAGGGCAAGAACUGGCGCCAUGUCUUCAAGGCAUUGACUGUUCUGGAUUAUCUGCUGCAUGUUGGAUCGGAGAACGUUGUCAAAUACGCGCGCGAUAAUCUCUACAUCGUCAAGACCCUCAAAGAGUUCCAGUUCAUCGACGAAGAUGGCAAGGAUCAAGGAUCCAACGUUCGUCAAAAGGCCAAGGAUAUCACGGCAUUGCUCACGGAUGAGGCGCGACUUAAGGAGGAGAGAAGAACCAGAUCAGCCAUGCACGACCGUAUGAGUGGACGUGCUCCUGGUGAGGGUCAUCACAACUAUAACGCUACUACUCCUACCUAUGAGCGCCCAGGUGCCGGCGAUGAUGAUCGUGAACUUCAGAGAGCUUUGGACGAGAGCAGACGCAUGGCCCGUGAAUCCCAAGGCGACAACAGUGAUGAUGAUGAUCUGAAGAAGGCUCUGGCGCUCAGCAAGAAGGAGGAACAAGACAGAACCAAGAAGGUCGAGCAGUACAACGAGUUUUCCAUGACCGAGGACUGGGAGGCUGAUGCCAAUGCCAAGAAGCAGCAGGAGAACAACAACAGUAACAACAACACAGACUUUUUCGGCAACGAUUUUGGCGGCCAGGGUCAGAUGGGUUUUGAUAACAACAACAACAACAACAAUGGCUUCAACAACAACAACUUUAACGACAACUUCAUUCAGUCGCAGCCUACCGGAUUAAACAACCCCUACCUUCAGUUCCAGCAGCAGCAGCAGCUUCAGGAGCAGAUGCAGCAGCAGAUGUUGAUGCAACAACAGUUCCAGCAGCAGCAGCUUUUGCAGCAGCAGCAGCAAGCUUUCAUGAACCAGAUGAACAAUCCUUACCAGCAGCAGCUCAUGCCUCAGAUGACUGGUGCGCCCUCUAUUGGAUCCAACAACCCCUUCAGCGCCAACAACAUCCAGAAGGCCGCUGCCAACCAGCCUUUCCCUGAUUCGUUCAAGUCUGGUAUCAACGGCAACAACAACGGCUUUGGAGGAAACAACAACGGAUUCGGUAACAGCAACAAUGGGUUCGGCAGCAACAAUGGAUUCGGAAGCAACAGCAACAACAAUAACAACAGCAACUCCUUGGGCGAUCUUGCGUUCCUCCAGAAUGUGAUGAACCCAGCAGCAUCCGCUGCUCCUACUCCUGCUGCUCCCGCAGUGCCUGCUGUCCCCGUCGCGAAGGGUCCUAAUGCUCAUGACGAAAAAUAUGCUCAUUUGGCCUUCGCUCUUUCUAACCGCGAGGAUGGCAUGGAUACCUUUGGCAACACUGGACAGCUCCGUCUCCCAAGUCAUCACACGGCGAGUGCCCCAGUCGCGUUGGGCGGUCAGAUUACAGGUGCUUCAAACCCUUUCCAGCGCUCCAACAUUGGUGGCAUGACCAGCAACCAGAACAACAACAACCCCUUCCAGGGUGCAAACGGAUUUGUUGCAUCGAACCCAACAGGCUUUGGUGGCGUCAACGGAAACUCCAAUGGUGCCUACAGCAACAACACCCUGUUCUAA